AUGGCGUCUCGAUUGUCGGUAGAAAGCGUGCCUGCUUCAGGCCUGUCCACAAGCAGCGAGUCAAAUGAUGGACACGACGACCUAGCUGCCAGCACAUUGGGCCACCCAUCGCCCUUAGUACGAGCAAACACUAUGAUGAUGGAGGAGGAGGAUCGCCAAGAACUGCAAAGAAUCGCUACAGGUAUCUCCCACCACCGACGACAAAGCUUGGCCACUCUUCCUUCCAGAAUCCCGGACUUGCACGAGGAGGACCCCAGACUUGAUCCCACAGAUAAGGCUUUUGACCUUGCGAAAUGGCUCCCAUCUUUCAUGCACCAGCUGCAAGAGGCAGGCGUGGGGCCCAGGAACUCUGGUGUGGCUUUCAAGAACCUCAGUGUCUAUGGCUCAGGGGCAGCUUUGCAGCUACAGCAGACACUGGGCGAUUUUAUUCAGGCCCCUCUCCGCCUCGGAGAGCUUUUGAAGUCUGGCAAGAAGGAACCGAAAAAGAUUCUUCACCGCUUUGAUGGUCUUCUUCGAAGUGGUGAGACUUUGAUUGUCCUUGGCCGUCCUGGUUCUGGAUGCUCUACGCUGCUCAAGACCAUGACUGGUGAGCUCGAGGGCCUCAGCAUUGGAGAGACAUCUCAAGUCCACUACAACGGUAUAUCGCAGAAGGAUAUGAUGAAGGAGUUCAAGGGCGAGACUGGCUACAACCAAGAGGUUGAUAAGCAUUUCCCUCACCUCACAGUUGGCCAAACGCUCGAAUUCGCCGCUGGAUGCCGCAUGCCAUCCAACCCUGAGAACCUCGUCGGUAUGACCCGUGACGAAGCUUGCAAGAGUGCAACAAAGAUCGUCAUGGCCGUCUGCGGCCUGUCCCACACGUACAACACAAAAGUCGGCAAUGACUUUAUCCGCGGAGUCUCAGGAGGAGAACGCAAGCGUGUCAGUAUCGCUGAGAUGAUGCUGGCGCAAACACCCCUGGCUGCAUGGGAUAACAGUACCCGUGGUUUGGACUCGGCGACCGCUUUGAAGUUCGCGCAGGCGAUUCGUCUAGCGUCCGACUACUCAGGCUCUGCAAACGCACUGGCAAUCUACCAAGCCAGCCAGGCCAUCUACGAUCUUUUCGACAAGGCUGUGGUGCUGUACCAGGGUCGACAGAUCUACUUUGGACCAGCCCAGAAGGCCAAGGAGUACUUUGAAACCAUGGGCUGGCAAUGCCCCCAGCGCCAGACCGCAGGUGACUUUCUCACUUCUAUCACCAACCCUCUUGAGCGAAAGGCGCGACCCGGUAUGGAGAACAAGGUCCCUCGCACGGCCGAAGAGUUUGAGGCGUACUGGCACAACUCGAAAGAGUACCGGAGGCUGCAGCAGGAGAUCGACUCGUACCAAGCUGAGUACCCUGUUGACGACCGAUCUGGGGCCAUUGCUCCUCUGCGCGAGCGCAAGAAUCUCAUCCAGGCGAAGCAUGCCCGACCCAAGUCCCCGUACAUCAUCACCCUCCCUAUGCAGAUCCGCCUCACAACCAAGCGCGCCUACCAACGAAUAUGGAACGAUCUCUCGGCCACUGCCACGAGCGUGGGAUCCAACAUCAUCAUGUCUCUGAUUAUCGGUUCAGUGUACUACGGCACUGGCGAUGCAACAGCCAGUUUCUACUCCAAAGGAGCCGUGCUCUUCAUGGGUAUCCUGAUGAACGCCCUGGCUGCCAUUUCCGAGAUCAACAACCUCUACGCACAACGCCCCAUCGUCGAAAAACAUGCCUCUUACGCCUUUUACCAUCCAGCUGCUGAAGCCAUAUCCGGCAUCGUGGCUGAUAUACCCAUCAAGUUUGUCUCGGCCACUGUAUUCAACAUCAUUCUUUAUUUCCUGGCAGGACUUCGUCGCGAGCCCGGUAACUUCUUCCUCUUCUUCCUCAUUACGUACAUCUCCACGUUUGUUAUGGCUGCCAUCUUCCGCACUAUGGCCGCUGUGACGAAGACGGUGUCCCAAGCAAUGACGCUCGCUGGUAUCAUGGUUUUGGCUCUUGUUAUUUACACUGGCUUUAUGAUUCGUGUUCCCCAAAUGGUUGACUGGUUUGGUUGGAUCAGAUGGAUUAAUCCCAUCUACUACGCCUUCGAAAUCCUCAUCGCCAAUGAAUUCCACGGUCGCGAGUUUAUCUGUUCAGCUAUCGUCCCCGCCUACCCCCAACUCGUUGGUGAUUCCUGGAUCUGCUCAACAGUCGGAGCUGUAGCCGGUCAACAAACAGUCAGUGGAGACGCCUUCAUCGAGACCAACUAUCGUUACUACUACUCGCACGUCUGGCGCAACUUCGGCAUUCUUCUCGCGUUUCUUUUCGCCUUCAUGAUCAUCUACUUCGCAGCCACCGAGCUGAACUCCAAGACUGCUAGCAAGGCUGAGGUUCUCGUCUUCCAGCGUGGCCACGUUCCUGCGCAUCUCCAGUCUGGCGUUGAUCGAAGCGUGAACAACGAGGAGCUCGGCGUGCCUGAGAAGAAUGGUGAAGGAAAGGAUGCCACUGCUGGACUCGAACCGCAAACCGAUGUGUUCACAUGGAGAGAUGUCGUCUAUGACAUUGAGAUCAAGGGCGAGCCUCGUAGACUUCUGGACCACGUCACCGGUUGGGUCAAGCCUAGUACCCUCACUGCCCUAAUGGGCGUGAGUGGCGCUGGCAAGACAACACUUCUCGAUGUAUUGGCUCAGAGGACCACUAUGGGUGUCAUCACUGGAGACAUGUUUGUUAACGGCAGGCCUCUUGAUGCCAGCUUCCAGAGAAAGACGGGUUAUGUCCAACAGCAAGAUCUCCAUCUCGAAACAGCCACCGUCCGCGAAAGUCUCCGCUUCAGUGCUAUGCUCCGCCAGCCUUCGACCGUCAGCAAAGAGGAGAAGCAUGCCUGGGUUGAGAAGGUCAUCGACAUGCUCAACAUGCGCGACUUUGCCAGCGCCGUCGUCGGAAUCCCAGGAGAAGGUCUCAAUGUUGAGCAGCGCAAGCUUCUCACCAUCGGCGUUGAACUCGCAGCUAAGCCCAAGCUACUGUUGUUCCUCGACGAGCCGACUAGUGGUCUCGACUCUCAGAGUUCUUGGGCCAUCGUCGCCUUCCUCCGCAAGCUUGCAGAUGCCGGACAGGCUGUCCUCUGCACCGUCCACCAGCCCAGCGCUAUUCUGUUCCAAGAGUUUGACCGCCUUCUCUUCCUUGCUAGAGGCGGCAAGACGGUUUACUUUGGCGACAUCGGCCAGAACUCGCGUACUCUUCUCGAUUACUUUGAGCAGCAAGGUGCUAGAACUUGUGGAGAUGACGAGAACCCUGCUGAGUGGAUGCUUGAGAUCGUCAACAACGCUAUGAGCUCCAAGGGAGAAGACUGGCAUACAGUAUGGAAGGGUAGUCAAGAACGCGCUGCCGUCGAAGCCGAAGUUGAAAGAAUACAUUCUGUUAUGUCUUCCACCACUCCCCAAGACGACGCAGCAAGCCAUGCCGAGUUCGCUAUGCCAUUCACCACGCAGCUGCGAGAGGUCACCGUUCGAGUCUUCCAGCAGUACUGGAGAAUGCCUACGUAUAUUAUGUCCAAGCUCGUUCUUGGCACUAUCUCUGGUCUCUUUGUCGGCUUCUCCUUCUUCAAGGCUGACUCUACCUUUGCGGGAAUGCAGAACAUCUUGUUCUCUGUAUUCAUGAUCAUCACCGUCUUCUCCACUCUCGUGCAACAGAUCCAACCACAUUUCAUCACCCAGCGUGACUUGUACGAAGUCAGAGAGCGACCCAGCAAGGCGUACUCGUGGAAGGCUUUUAUGAUCGCCAACGUUCUCAUCGAGGUCCCUUACCAGAUUCUUACCGGCAUCCUCAUGUUCGCCUGCUUCUACUACCCCGUCGUGGGUGUUCAAAGCUCAGCGCGUCAAGGUCUUGUGCUCCUGUUCAUGAUCCAGCUCAUGCUCUACGCCAGCUCCUUUGCGCAGAUGACCAUCGCAGCCUUCCCCGACGCCCUCACGGCAUCUGCAAUCGUCACUCUCCUGGUCCUCAUGAGCUUGACCUUUUGCGGUGUUCUCCAAUCUCCCACCGCUCUCCCAGGGUUUUGGAUAUUUAUGUACCGCGUCAGUCCUUUUACAUACUGGGUUGCUGGUAUCGUAUCAACCGAGCUUGCCGGACGAGCCAUUGAGUGCUCCGUGGACGAGACCUCCAUCUUUGAUCCACCUUCUGGGCAAACAUGCGGAGAAUACAUGGCCGACUUCUUGAAGGCGGCACCUGGACAACUGCAGAACCCUGACGCGACUGCGCAAUGCCAGUACUGUUCACUGACCAAUGCCGAUCAAUUCAUGGCGGGAAGCAACAUUUACUACACCGAGAGGUGGCGCAACUUUGGCAUUGUGUGGGCCUACAUUGCUUUCAAUAUUUUCAUUGCUGUCGGAUCUUAUUAUGUUUUCAGGGUAAAGAAGUGGAGUUUUAGUUUUGGGAAGAAGAAGACGGCUUAA